UGCAGCCAGGCUAGGGGCACUCUGGUCUGUGCCACCCUCCGAGCCAGACAGACGGCAGGACGGGCCAACAGCUGCCUCUCAGACCACCACACAUUAUGGAGGCUCUGUAUAUUCAACCCUUGGAAGAGGAUGGGCUGAUGAUGGAGGAGGAGGUACGGCAAAAAAGCGGGGAACAGGAAGAUGUUGGAAUAGAGGCCUCGUCACCCAUGGGCUCCACCACAGACGAUGAAACAGAUGAGGACUCAGAACCAGAGCCCCCACCCGUCGUUCGCAGGAAGGUGUCAUUCGCUGAUGCAUUUGGCCUCAACCUGGUAUCAGUUAAGGAGUUUGACAAAGUUGAAGUGACAGAGCCAGAGGUCAGCCAGCCUCCUGAAAGUGAGGAAACCCAUCCUUUAGAGGAAUUCUACAUGUCCUGUCUGUUUACAGUCCCCUCCUCCCCAGAGGAGCUGGACCAAAGGCUGCAGGCGCAGAUGAUUGAGCUGGAAAGCAUCGAGCUUCUCCCAGGAACCACAACACUCCGUGGCACCAUCAGGGUGGUCAACCUCUGCUACAGUAAGUCUGUUUAUGCCCGGUUCACCCUGGAUAGCUGGAACAGCUACUUUGACCUGCUGGCGGAGUAUGUGCCCGGAUCCAGUGACAGGAAAACCGACAGAUUUACUUUCAAGUAUACUCUGAUUCCUCCCUUUGAGAGGGAGGGGACCAGAGUGGAUUUUUGCCUGCGUUAUGAAACAUCGGUGGGCACUUUCUGGGCUAACAACAAGGAAAUGAACUAUGUGCUCUUCUGCCACCAGAAAGGAACUGCCAAAGAGCAUGUGCCUCAAGUGCUAGAGGAAAGUGCCAACUACAAGAGCAAGAGGAGCUGUCUCAAAGCUAACAGGAGGGGAAGUGCAGAGGAGAAGACCAAGGAGACCAUUAACACAGCAACAGUUGCUGCAGAAGCACAGGCCACUCAUAAAGCAGAGAAGGCCAACAGAAAGGCAGUGGACAGCGCAGAGACACAAUCAAUUUUAUACCAUGAAGAACACAAACCUUUGGUGGAUAGCGUAAAACGCCGGCACAUAGCAAAACGUUUGGCACGUGUACAGCAAUACCUCUCCCAGACGAGACAACAAAUACAAAAGGCUUAUUCACAUGACUCAGCCAAUGGCCAGGGGGUUUCUCAGCCUUUGCCAGGUCCAAGGGAUGACUCUGCCAGCUUUCUCUAUAACCACCACAAGAAACAAGCCAAGGAGAAUCCACAGGUCCUCACCUACCAUCAGAUUCCUCUGCUUACACUGGACUGGAACAAUGAUAAACCGCAGCAGAGGGGGGCGGCUGAUAUGGACGACAUGUGGACUGGAAGCUCCAAGCUGACCCAAGCGUCAGAGGAAAAUAUAGAAGGUACACCUUCUGUUAAUGAUCUGUGGGAGACCUUUCUUAACGGCACAGAUGAUACCACUGAUAAAGAAACCUCAGUGUGUGAUGCAUGGCAAGAAUUUCUUAAUGGGCCAAGCUGUAAGGACCAUUCUGGUGUUCCAGAGUCAGAAUGGCUGCAGACAGCAGUGUCAGUGUCUCCCUCAAAUGAUAAGGAGCCCCAAACCCAAUAUGCAGCAAGCAGUCAAGAGUUUCAAGAAUUUCAGGUGAGCAGAGAUACACCCACCACCUUACAUGCACUCACCUUAGCUGCACGUCAGCUGCUGUCAGACAAACGCGAAACAUUGUUGACUAAUGUCACAUUGAACCCUGAAGACCACCAGCCAGCAGUGGCAUGUGUCAGCAGUCCAAGCGAUGACAACACAGCAUCACAAGAUGCAUCCCAAAGGUCACAGACAAACUCUGUAACCGACACUUUGCAGGAAUCUGGCCUCAAAGGGGCAAGGCCUGUGUCCGAGGGCUCUGUUGACAGUUCAGCUGAGUGUCACAAGUGUGUAAUCUGGGAGCAAGAAGGAGAAGGAAUAAUGGUAGAAGCAGAAGGAAAAGGAGGAGAUGAGUCCUUCACACUGCAUACAGCUGACUUAGUAACAAGCUCAGGGGAGUCGAAGACAACAGAUAUGACAGCAAUGCCAGAGUCUCAGAAUGCCAGCACUGUUGAUAGAAUCUCACAGGGAGCAAGGCUGGACGAGGGCUUUUCUUCCAGCGGGGAAGGGGAGGUUAUGGGUAUAGCACACAAUGCGAUGGAUGACACGCUGGCAUUUAGGGAGACAAGCAGACAGGAGACAAAGGAUGGGGAGAGGUUUGUCUUUUCCACAUCCAGACAAAGAGCAGAGGAAAGGAUCACGACGAAUCGUAUGGAAAAUAAAGUAUAUUCAGAAGAGGAGAUAUUUAGGCCACAUAAAACAGAAGAGUGUGGAAUCUCCCAGAGGUAUGAAGAUGAAAAGCAAUGUGAGGGAUUCACGCUGAACCAAAAGAGUGAAAAUCCAUUACAGGAGAAUGAGGGAGAUGAAAAUGAAAUAAGACCUGCACAGUCACAUGCACAUGAAUUCCGUCCAGACCAAACAUGUGAGGAGAAUUUCAGACCAAACCUAGUAAUGGAAAGUGAAUUCAACUUGGAUGAAUCAGAAAACAGAGAUAUGGCUUCAAAUAACAAAGACUUGGAGGGAUUCAGACAGGCAGUGGUGGGAAAUUCCUAUUGUACAAAAAGCAUAGAAACAAAGAGACUAAUUGGUGCAGAAGCCGAAAUGAUCCGUGUAUUAGAUGAGGAAGCAUGGCAACAUAAUAACAAAGCUUUACAACUGAAUUCGUCAGACUGGCAGAGGGGAAACACAUCAAUAAUUUCAGAAGUACAUAGUAAACAGUCGAGGCCAAUCCAAGCAGAGGAAGAACUGUGUGUUCAGAAAGAGGAGGAGGACUCAACACUUACACAAGUAGAGGAAAAUGUACUAAAAUGUGAAACAGGUGAACAUGUGUUAGUCUCAAAUCAGACAGAAGAAGGAAAAAGCUUGAGUUGUAGUGGAAUAAUUGUGGAGCAGCAGGAAACAAACCCAUCAUCACAGGACACAGACACUGUGGAAUCAAGGGAAAGGGUAAAGGUAUUCCAAAGUGACCAUGAUACAUUCAGACCUUUUCCAAUAGAUAAAUGCAACCCAGACCCAAUGGAGGUCGUAGAAUUGAGACUGGUAUCAUCACGGGGCAUUAUGAAGGGUAAGAAAGGGGAUGUAGGCAGUGAAAUAUGCCCAGAAGAAGUUAUGGUGAAGGAGAACAUUGCACAGAAAGACAGAACUUCAACAGAACUUCAACACCAACCUGAGACAACAGAAAAUACAGAGGAAGAUAUGAGUCAGACAGACAAAAAUGAGAGCAUGAGCAUUGGAGAACUGAAGAUAGACGCAAUGGGGGAGUUGAUGGGUAAUGUGGAGGACCCUCAGGGAGAGAGGAAGAAUGCACCGGCUGAAUUGAAAGAACAAGAGUUGUCAGCAGAAGUUGAGAGCUCUCCACGUGUUGAAUAUAAAAAACUGUCAGGGGGAACAAAGGAACCUAUUACAGCAGAAAAUACUGUAGCGCUUGAAGUGAUAGAGUCGAGACUGGAGGAGAUGAUCAUAGAAAGAUUUGGAGAAGAUUUGGUCAGGGGGAUUUGGGAAGAGGUUUUUGGUCAGAAAGCAGAGCCCUCUAAAGGAGACACAAAUAUUGUUGAUGGAAUGCAGGGCAGGCUGUCAGAUACACCUGAUAUCACUCAUGAUUGCCAUCUUCUUUUUGAGAAAGACUUCAGUGAUGAUUUUGAUUCAGGUAUAUUUUCCAUGACAGAAUUAUCAACAGAUCCAAAUUUAAGCCUCUGUCAAGGGCUAGAGCAAGCCACAGUGACCAGUAGCAAUGAAUACUCCCCAAAAGAAAGAAGUCAGCCACUCGCUUCUAUAGAGCAAACUCACUUUCUCUCUGAAUUACAGACAGAUUUGAAUUCAAGUGCCCAUCUCAGUCAAGAUCUCACUGCCGCUUUAGCUGCCCUGAGUAGGCAGUCACAGACUAAAUCAGCCCAAACUCUGUGCGCUCCACAGGAUCAGGAAAAAUACUCUCAGAUAAAAGAAAGAUCAGUCAUCUGUCAGGAGACGCACAGACAAAUAGAAGACUGUGUCGUCGCCCACAAGGAGAAUAUUAAUCGAUCAGCCCACCCAUCUCACAAACAUCUAAGCUCCUCCUCUGAGAAAUUAAAAGAGUCUGAUGGUGUCGUAUGGUGGAGUAUAUUAUACAUGUUCAGUCACAUCACCAGACUUCUAAUAUGCGCCCUUUUAGUUGCUGGAUUCUUUGUCAUCGUUUUCUUCUAUGAUUUCCCAGCAUUCUUUGCGCUCUACAUAUUUUCAUUGUCCUGGUGGUUUUAUAAGUUGAGGAGACAUGGGGUGACGAUGAACAAGGGGAUAGGCCGCGAGUUCUCAGAGGGAGGGGACGCUGUUAAAGAGCGCCAUGUGUAGCAUUUUUAAACAACAGUGCAUCAUUGUCAAGUUAACGUUAAUGUCCUCCAUAUUUGCACACGUUCAUACUGUAUAUUAACACUGGUGAGUCCAUUGUGAAGGUGAUUGUUAGCCACAAAAAUGGGUGCAAUAAAACAAAAUGCUACACACAGCACCAGUAGUGUGUGUUUGGUUGUGUGUUUUAUAUUUAUUUUUUCUUUUCUAACUCUAAAUGAUGAAUUUAGUUUAGUGGGUCCCAACCUUUUGUGACUUGUGACCCCUUAAAAAAAGCAGUGACUACUUAUGAUCCCCUUAUCACCCAUUGUAUAUGUUUACCGGUUAUAACCCGUUCAAGCAAAGAGUGAGCUUUUUUUUGUUUGUUUGUUUGUU